GUGAGCCUGAGUGAGCCACUGCUUUGCCAGGGGCACAACCUAGUAUCCCUCCGCGUCAAAGGAGGCGUCAAAUUAGGCCAUGAGUAUAACAAGACUACGCGAUGAGGACAGGGAGUUCAUGCUCACACAAAUUCUCGGGCAGCGAGAAGCGCCACCGACCGCGACCGAAGUACUGCGGAAGGCUCGAAUCGAGCAUGGGUCGUCCAUGCACUUCCAGUCGCGCCGCGACCGGAUCUUCCAGGCGCAACCGAGCUCCGCGCGUGUGCAGUUUGGUACGGAGGAGGACCAGACAGUGGCCAUCAACGGCGACGGCGUGGCGCCUGACGAGCCCACCCAGCUGGCGUUAGAUGUUCCCAAACACUUUUCCAUCAAACACGCCAGCCACAAAUUUGGAUCCGUGCUGGCUGGCAACGCAAUCUUCACGUCCACUAUCGACGGCGAUACCGAUGACCGCUUGAGCACCGAUGACACGCCGACGGCACCCAGCAACCGUUGGCAUGUGGCGCCGUUCCCGAUCCGGAUCGCAUUGGAGAAGGACCCGCAUGAGCCCGCUGGAUCCGGAUCCGAAUCCGUAACCGCGGCUUCGCUCGGUGGCGGCGCGCGAUCCAGGAGCCACGCUCGCUCGAUGUCGCAGCUUUCGGUGGAACGGCUGGCGGAACCCAACAGACAGCACGGCGUCUCCGGAGGCGGCGGCGGCGACGAUGGCGGCGCGGGUUUGGAAAGAGAGGAGGGAGAGGAGCAGGAGCUUCAGGGCCCGCACUCCGAGCUGGUGGACAGGGCGGACGAGGCUCUGAACACAGCGCGCUCCAAGCGCUACCGCCGCGGCUCAUUGGACGCCGCAGAUUCCAGCUUCAAGCGAUCCGAGCCCGUCCGAUCCGACCCCGUCUACGCCAUGACAGCUACUACGAAGUUUAUGGCCAACCUGCCUGCCGGCGCCUCGGAGAGUGGUGGCGCCGUCGUGGGCAGGAAGCACGUAGAUGCCAACAGCCGGGAUGCAUGGGCCGCUGCCGCCGCGGCGGCGGGCGUACAGGUCAGUGGUGCCAGCUUCUCCGGCGCCAGCGCCAGUGGCGGCAUCAAUGGCGUGCGGGCGCCGCCUGUACGGCGGGCGUCGCAGGUUUCGUACGGCGACUACUCAGGUGCUGCGGCUGCGGCUGCGGCUGCGGCUGCGACUGCGGCUGCGGCUGCGGCGACAGCUUUUAGCGCAGGAGGCAUCCGACACGGCGCGUCUGAGACGCUGGCAACGACGGCGUCGAUCAACAGCAGCGCGGGCGCGCGGUUCAUGAUGCCGGCGCCGCCGCCGCCGCGCGCCGCCAGCCACAACCUGGGCGCCGUCAGCAGCACCUCGCGCCGCAGCAGCGUCGUGGGCGAGCCAGCCAGCGGCGAGCUAUCGGGCGGGGGGACGGCGACGUUCAGCAGCUGCGGCGAAAGCGGGGCUCUGUCGUCCGCCUCGCCCCCGCGGAUGCUGUCCCGCGGCCCCAGCGCGCUGUCCAUGGGCAUUCCCGACCCCUGCGCGAGCGGAAGUGCCAGCGGCCACUUGCACGGACACAGCUGGAAGCAGCAGCAACAGCAACAGCAGCGCAGCGAGGCAACCUACGGCGGUGCUGGGCUCAUCGGCGGCAUCAGCACCGAGAAGGAGGCUGCCAACACGUUGGGGCUGCUGGCGAAGGUGGCACACACAGAGCUGCGCCCCGCCGCGCCCCAGCUCUGGACCGUGGAGCCCUACCAGGCCUCCGGCAUUGCGGCCCUGUCCGCAGCCGCCGCCAGCACCACCGGCGGCGCGCUGGCGCCGCAGCCGCCGCUGGCAGGCCGCACCGGCCCCAGCCGCACCGCGUCGUCUGCCGCCAUCGGCACCAACCGCCGGCUGAGCAGUUCGGCACUGGGCUUGCUGGGCAGCAGGGCCCAUCGCGCGACGCUGGAUGGCGAGGGGUGGGCGGAACCGGCUUCGCCCACGGGCUCCGCGACCUCUGCAGCUGCCGGCGACGUGACCAGUGGUGCCUACAGCCGCGUUGCGGCGCGGCGCAACUCCAUCACCGACGGUCACGGUGGGCUGGGUGGGCGGAGCGGCGGCGGCGGCGAUGACGAGGGUGCCGAGCUUCUGCCAGCGCAGGCAGCCGCCCCACACGGCGGCCCGCUACGCGGCGGUGCCGACGCUCCGCGUGUGCCGCGCGGCGCGCCGACGCGCAACGCCAGCUGCAUUGGCGACACCGACACCUCCAUGGCGAUGCCGCCGGGCAGCGGCGCCACAGCUGACGCACCUCGGCCGGCGGCGCGCCGUCGCGGCUCCAUCGACGAACCCUUACUAAUGCAGCAGCUAGGCGGCGGGGUCGGCGUCAGCAUCAUGGGAGGCCGACGCCGCUCAAUGGAGGAGGUGCCGCAGACCAGCAUGUCGCGUUUCGUUCCGUCGGUAUUCACCGCGGAGGCGGCGCUUGCCGCCGCCGCCGCCGCCGCAGCCGCGGCUAGCCCCAACUCGCAUGGUCAAUUGUCCAGCGGGCUUCUGCCAGCCAUCGCUCCCCGCGGCGGCGCGAUGUCUUCUGGCUCUCAGCAGCGGCUGCCGUCAAUCGUUUCAGCGCCUGCGUCCGCCGACGGCGUCUGCAUCGGCAGCCACGGCAGUGUCGAGGGCAGCGGCAGCAUCAGCAGCCAGGCGCGGCUGCAAGCACACCGCAGCAGUCGCCACCAGCUGCACCACUUCUCGGGGCAGUGCAAGCUGGCCACGCCAGAGCCCACCGCCCUCCUGCCAGGCCACUACAACCCCUACGCCGGAAAAAGCGUUGUGGCAGGUGGCGGCGCCAAUGACGCGAUGGAGGGGGCAGCGGCGCGUGCUCGCAGCGAGUGCUUUGCACAUCUCCCCACGCCGGCCGCUGUGCUUCUUGACGCCACGUCCGCCGUCGCAAUGCGUGCUGGCGGCGGCGCCGCCGCCGUCGAUGGGGGCGCACUGGCAGCGCCGCGGCCAGUGACACCGGCGACGGGCGGGCGCCGGCUGUCGGCUAGCUUCAUCAAUGCUUAUGCCGGACUGGGCGGUACGGGUGGUGACGUCAGCGCCGGCUCGCACAGCACAAGGCAGCGCUUUAACCCACUCGCUGACGUGUCGCCGGCCGACAUAGGCGCCAUCAGCAGCAGCAACGGCGGCGGAGCUGCUCGUGCCGCCACCUGUGGCAGCGGCGGCCGCCGCUUUUCGGGCGAAUUCCAGCGGCCCCACGCGCCGCCGCCCACCUACUCCCAUGGCUCAUUGGCGACACACCAAAGCGGCAUGCACGGCACACACAACGCCGGUGACGCCGCCGCCGCCGCCAGCGCGGCAGCGGCGGGUGGUGCAGGCAGCGGCGGCGACGGUGGCGAAGCCGGGGCGGCGGGGGCCGAGGGCAUGAUGCAGAAGCUCCGUGGCGCGUUCAGCGGCUUGCUACAUAAGGGAAACUCCAAGGGCUACGGCCAGUCGCGGCCGUAGCAGUGAGGCUCGGGCUUGCUCAGUGCACAGCGGUGUAAGGUGCACGGCAGGCUGCGGGUUGCUGCAACCCAUAUUGACACCGAGGCCACGAUGCCGAGCCAGCUAGGCGGCGGAUCGGCACUUCAGCGGGUGCAUGGGCAUUUGCAUGGUUGCGUGUGUGUGGCCCUUCGCCCAGGAUGGCAAGUUGGUUAACGCCCAACAUACAUUUGUGUUGCGUGGGUGCUGUGGUCAUUGGGCUUCCGCCCCAGUCUCUUCUUGUCACGGCAAUAAAGACUAACUCGCCAGUGCAAAGGUCGCCGCUUUCGGCGUCACUUUAGAGCACCUCAGGCAGGUGACAGAUGCAGACUGCGGGCUGGACUUGACUGGAUUAUAGCUUACAGCAAUAAAGCGCACGGUCAAGGAUCGCAAAUUGCUGCAUGCCUCACGAGAUUAAGCCGUUGAGGCUAUGCAGCUUUCAUUGCACGGGCACAACAAAUAAGGUGGCGCAGAUAGCGAGACUAAAUAAAAGCUUGCUGUUCCUGACCGGUGAGGCACAGGCUGUCAAGGGGGCUGUGACUUUUGAUGUGCUUGGUUUACCGGGCAGGUCAACGGCGUGGGGCAUGAUGCGAGGAGAUCGAGCAGGGCCUGCGCUUCGAAUCAUGAUGCACGCAUUCGCGUUGCGUGCAUGCUGCAGUGCGUCGCUGCCUGUAGCAUCACAGCGGGCUUGUGGGGCAUGCACUACCGAACUGCGCCUUGCUGUUUUCAUUCGUUUUUCUUCGAAGAGCUCCUCGAGCACAGGGUCAUUUGGUACAUUUCAAUAAGAUUUCAUCAGUAUAUUCAGGCAAACCUUCAACUAAACACAAACGGCGGUGGCGGCGGCAGCAGCGGGGGCGCGUGCGCGCAUGUUGGUAGCGGUGGGGGCGGGAAAGGCCACGUGGAGGAGGAGAGCGCAGCGCCGCCCAAGAAGCGGCGCAAGCGCGCAGGCUGAGGAGCCGGCUGGUGUCUAGGUAGCGGUCCGCGGUAGAGCUGGCAGGGCAUGCGUAGCGGCAUGACAAGUUGUGCAGCUGUUGACAACUGUGCUGUGUCUGGCUGCGGUUGGCUCUGCUGUGGCUUCACGAUUCCUAGGCACCUGGUUUGGCUAUGUGCCUAUGGAAACCGACCCCGGCUAUGUCCGGGCGAUGAGGUUGUUCGGCCUCAGACUGUGGAGGGGCUCAGCCCCUUUUCCCGUGACCGGAGAACACUUGUUGUGUGCGCUAUCGUGCGCGGCGUGUGUUCGUCCACCCAAGUGGAGCCCAAAGGGACACUGGCUCCUAGUUCGCAGUCUCAUGCUGGCUCUCUCGAUUUCGGUUGGGAGCUGAGACUAUGGCUAGUGGCUGAGGUGCUAAGUUGAAACGGAGUGAAUCCUGGACAAUUUAAUGCGUGAUUGGUUGCGAGCGCUGGACGACCGCGUCCAGCACCGAGGGGUCCAAGCGACUCGAGUAAGGUGGGCGUACGGGUUCGAACCGGGGCGUGCAAUUUGUUGCAGGCGUUUGAAGACGGCGGUGAUCGAUGACUGGCUAGCAACAUGAGCUUGAUGAUUGAGAAGUUGUUGGCGUAGGGCAUUGAUUGCGAGUGGUUUCCCGCUGCUACAAAGCAUGGUAUCAUACGGUAUCCCCAAAGACGAACAAGCACCAGCACCUGUUGCAACUGUAACUGUGUAACAAUACAACACAAUACAAAAUUGGUGCAUACGUUGGCAUUUCGCAGCAAGUGGGCUCCAUCUCUUCCAAAUGUGUAACGGCUAUCCCUCUGCCCGGGUUUCUGCGCCAGGGGGGGGUAGAAAGCUCAGUUUCUUACCCCAUGCUCAAUAUUACAGAGCUUAAGGAGAGCAUUAUGCACGUGCUUUUACUUUUGUUAGGGGGUGUCUGGUGAGGAAGUUCUGGGCCGCCAAAGUUGGGGGGUCGGUCGUCGUCCCUGGGGGUCCACCGGGUUUCGGGAGCCCAUCCUGGCGGAUUUCGGGAAGCGCCCCACAAGCAGAACUGGGGGCCAAACGCAGCACUGCGAGGUUCAUAUGUGCAUGUUAUGCCGUAAUAAACACAAACAAAGCGUGGGAAGGUGAGUUGCGCGUCCGGGGGUGGACAUGUCGGCACAUGUCCCCACAUUCGACACAUGUGCACGGCUGGGCUCUCUAGCGCUGGUGCACAUGAAUUUACGUUUAACAAGGCUGCCGAUGCACACUGUGCAACUGUCACACGGCAGAGAGUUGAGCGCGGUGUGGGCUGGGUCAAGAGGAUUUCAAUGGAUAGGAUCCCGCGUGUGACCGAAGUCUUAGAACAGGACCGCUGAUGGCACAGCGUGAUAGUGCUCGUCAAGAGGAGUCGAUUGGCACCACUUUGGUAUUAAAUGGAGGGGUUUUUAACCCCUAAACAACAAGGUUUUGUCCGUGGGGGGGUCGGUCGUCCCCUCAAGGGGGGUCCCGGGGGAUUUCGGGGCAUGGGGUCUGGCACUUUGUUGG